CCCGAACAACCAAAUUUUGUACUACUUUCAAAGCCAAACAUAACGAAUAAAAGCAAUGAAAGGAAAAGCAGAGGGAUAAAGAACUGAACAGUCCUUGUUGAAUUUGAAGAAUUGAUGAGAUCACAGCUAUGAUUACACCUGAAGUCUCUAGCUUUACCAUCCAUUGAAAAUAACUAGACACCUCUCAGCUACAUAAACACUGCCCAGGGCAACGUGCCCUAAGGUGCCCUGUUUUUAAUUCACUAGUUGUUUUAUUUUCUUAUGGAAAAAGACAAUUUCCAGGAGUCAGAAUUAGAGAAGAGUAGAUCUCCCAAAAGAAUUAUCCAUUUCACUGAUGGAGACAUCAUGGAAGAAUACAGCACAGAGGAGGAGGAAGACGAAGAGGAAGAAAAAAAGGAACAGAAAACGAAUUCAAUACAUGAUCCGUCUACACUUUCAUGGGGGCCCUAUCUAUGGUUUUGGACAGGGCAAAUAGCAAGCACCUCAUUUUCUACAUGUGAAUUCCUUGGUGGAAGAUUUGCUACCUUCUUUGGUCUUAAUCAACCCAAAUAUCAGUAUGUGUUAAAUGAGUAGUAUAGAACACAAGAUAAGGAAAGUGACAAGGAAAGUGACGAGAAUGGAUCAAAGGCCCAGCCAGCCAAGGUUCCUAAUGAAAAGUGUCACCUGGAGGCUGGGGGCCAAGAGUAUGGAACCAGGCAAGACAUUGCCCAGGGUGUUCUUCAGUGGAGCACCUCAUCUGGGGAGGGCCUGGCAGCAGAUUUCAGCUCGUAAUGGGCCCUAGGACUGUAGUUCCUCUGAAUGUCUGUUUCUCCGCCACUGAUGACCCAUGGCAACAGCACAGAGGUUGUGCUUCUAAGCCAGAUCUGAUCUUAGUCUCCUUGUGAUUUAUUCUCCAGCAUCCAGUGAUUGCAAGCAGUAAUGAGAAUUAUGGAUGCUUUCUCAAUUUUAUGAGCCCCCUCCCAAGUCAACUCCACCCCCCCACCGUAAUGCAAGUCUUGCUAGUCAGUUGUGAUCUCUUAUUAUUGAUGUUUGCAAAUAAAUGCAAAUGCCUGAAGGAAUUUGGAUCUGGCAAUUUUGGACGGAAACUCUUCAUCGUGGGGCUAGGGAGCAGAAAAGAAGCUGUUCUCAGAAGAAACUUUGGGCAUUAUGAAGUCUAAACAAGUCCCCUUUCAGGGUUUGAUGUAAGGUGUGUGCUUUCCAGUAGCCACCCUGGCUUAGCUGGGGCUUGCUUUACGAUAAGCAAACAUUGCUAGUAACUUUGUUACAAUAUAUCAAAGUCUGAGAAUUGGGUGCAUUUCCCCCCACACAAUUAAAAACAAUAAUCUAAGCUCUAUAAAAAGUAUUUGAAAAAUGGAUGAUUUUGUUUAUUUGUCAGCAAAAUUUCAAAACCUGGAAAGAUCAAGCAUAGAGAUCAUAGCUAGAUAUCACAGGUUGUGCUGGCGAGAGGUCGCUGUGAUAGAAAAACACAGGAGUGGCAGUAAUAAGACCCGAGGUCAAGUCUCAGUUUUACCAUAUACUAGUUGAGUGUCCAGAUUUCUGAGCCCUUGUCCCCUUCUCUGUAAAAUAGGGGUGGCGUAUAUUUGUUCCUCAAGGUUUACUGUUAAACAAAACGGGAUAAUGGGAAAACACUUUUAAAACCGUGAAUAUUCAAUGUUAAUGCUUAAUUAAUGGCUGUUAUAGACUGUUACCUUGAAAAUCCCCAAAGAGCCUUCUGGAAUUCACGCCCUGGUACUGUCCCAUCUACGUUGACGCUGGGCUUGGCCACAUGACUUGUUUCGGCCAACGAGACAGUAGCACGUGUGACGCAAGUGGAGGCUUGACGGGCACCUGCAAAUGGGAGCCUGUCCUCUUAGAAACUCUACAUAGUAAAGAAGUUUGGGCUAGAGUUCUCCAUAAUGAAAGGCCACGUGGAAAUAGAUUCCCAAGGAUGAAAGACUGUCUCACAUAUUCCAGUCCCAGCCAAGCUCCUCACCAAAUGGAGCCACAUAAAUGACCUUCUGUUAUCCUGUGUGGAGCAGAUGAACCCGGCGGCUGAGUCCAGUCAAUCCGCAGAAUCACGAGAAAUAAUGAAUCAUUAUUAAGUGUUGGAGUGGUUUAUUUUGCAGUCAUGUGUAACUGAAAUAAUAGCUGUAAGAGAACGGGAAGUUGGAAUUGAUUUGAUAUGAAAUCAAGAAGGCGGCCUUGGGAAUAAGGUGUCAUCGGUUGGAUACAUGAGAAUAAGGCAGGUUUUGCUGCAUAAUUGGACAAUUCUAAAAGCUCAGUGGCUUGAAACAACAAAAGGUUAUUUCUUUCUCAUGAGAAGUCCAGUGUCAGUUCAGGUGGCUUCCCAGAGCGUUGGCUCAGGGGUGCAUGCGUCUUUGAUCUUAUGGUUGGUUCCUCCAUACUGUGAUGUGCUCAGGGCUGCUGAAGCAGAGUUGGAGUGGACAGUUAAGCACCAGCAAUCAACGUCUCCACUAAGAAUAAAUCACGUCACUUCUGAUUAUGUUUCUUCCACCAAAGCAAGUCACGUGGCCACAAUUAACUUUAAGGGGUGUGAGCCUCCUAAGACAGCUGAGAAAGGGAAACACUUUUUCCUAGUGGCAGGAUGGGGUAAAUGAUGGGCUCAAGCGUCAAUAUGAUAUUGAUUUAAUCUCAGCUCUGAUGCCCCUUUGUACCCCGAUGGCCCUGUGCAAGUGACUCAACUUCACAAUGUUCCUAUGUGUAAAACAGAUUUGAUACAGGCAGCAAAUUCUAUUUGAAUUAGCUUAUGCAACAAAAAAAGAAUUUUUUGGAGGGAUACUGAAGUAUCUCAUGGACCCCAAGGGCACAUAAAUUUUAGUAGGUCUAGAACAAAUUCAGCAAACAUAUACAUAAGCAAUAUUCUCUCCAUUUCUCAACUUUCUUACAUGAGGAAGAAAGAUCACUGCAUAGCUCUUUUAUUUUGUAAACUUUAUUUUUACUGGGAUAUAAUUGACCUAUAAUAUUGUAUUAG